AUCCUUGUGCCACACACAAUCCCUGCAGACCCAGCCCUGCUGCUGUCACACAUUUCAGUGAUGUCACAGGUCCCUGACUGGGAGUUCCCCACCACCAUCUGAUGCUCAGCCUGAGUGCUGGCUGGACUGAGAGGGGCAGGGUGCACACAGUGCCAGGUCCGGUUUUGCUCCUUCAGUCUUUGAGGCCUCACAACCCCAGCAUGUGUCCAUCAGUAAAGAAGCCCAAGAACACAGUGGCUUCCAAGAUGGAAGAUAAGAAAUUUAAAGACAAGACAAGGCAGCCUGUCUACAAAACAAAUCAGCAGAACAGACUUAAAAUGGUGUUAAGAAAAUUGUCACUCUUGAAGCUACUCAACAACUCAAACAGCCGGAUCCAAGAACUGCAUAACCUGGCCAGAAGGUGUUGGAAUUCAGUGCUCAGAUUUCCUGAGAUCCUUGGUAUCUCCUCUGGGGGGGAAAAUGUUUGCAAUCAAGGAAGACGAAAUAAUGAAGAGCUCCAAGAAGCUACAGGCCUUGGGAAGAACCUAGAAUCCAAGAAGAGAAAGUCCACGAAGGAACCUAAGGAAGCAAAGUGCAGUGAGUGUGAGGAGGAGCCAAGAGUAAGCAACAUGGUGGGAGUUUCACCUGUUGCAGCACCAAGGCGAGAAGAGCAGAUUGAACCUGACAUGCCAAGGACAUCAAGGGGUCGUGGCCUGAAUCCUACAGCCCGGAAAAAGCAACCGCCCACAAGGUGCCCCAAUGUUGUCUUUCUGAAGACCCCCAGCAACAAAACUCCCAUGGGGGACAUGAAGCAGCUGGAUGAAAAUGGCCAGUACGCUUGGUUUGAGGGGUUGCCUACACGAAUCCACCUCCCAGGGCCGAGGGUCAUGUGCAGAGCCUCCAAGCUACGUUGGGUCAAGCGCCCCUGCACCCGCUUCUGCUCUGCAUCACUUGAGGUUCCUAUGUACCAUUCAUACAAGUUUGUGUGACCAGGGACUGGAGCUCAUGAGGAGAGGUGGAGAUGGCACCAUGAGCUGAAUACAACGGAUGAUGGGACGGGAAAUUCGCGAGUCUACAAAUAAAAUUCCCCAUAUGGCACUGAAAAAUGCUUCUGCGGGUUGUAUGGGGUUGGUGAGACUAGAGGAAGAAAGCCUUCGUUGUGGGGUGGCGAAGGGACUACAGCACAAAUACUAUGACUUCAGGCUCCCCCAGUUCCCAGCCCUCAGCUCCUAAGGUCUUACCCAGAACAAAGAGGGCUGCCAGCUGUACCCCUCCCCCUCUGGGAGCUGAUCUGGGUGGUGCACUCUUCUGUGAAGUCAAAGAAUCAUUGUGUGCUUCUAUGGUGUAAACCGCCUCAUAAUGGCCUUGAGGCAAAGUUACCAAAAAACUCUGGCACUGGGUGUGGUAACACACAC